AUGGAGGAAAAUUGGAUGGAUGGUGGAUCGUUCAAUGGCGGCAGCGUCAUAAGCGGAGGAGAUGCGGAUAUGGAUGUGGAUAUGGAGAUUGAUGAUGUAGAUGGAUCAAAUCCACACGAUGUCGCUCAAGAUGAUAACGAGACAAUCGAAAGGAAUGAUGGUGAAACCGAUAACGAGAGUUCCAAUGAGAGCAACUCAUCCCAGAGCGAUGAUAGUGAGGAAGAAGAUGGCAUCCAUGAAUACACAUUGCCAGCAUACUUGAACCCUGAUCUUGUCAAUGAUCAUCCCCACGAGCAUUCUCCUCAACCUCAACUAUCGACUUUGCAGCCUUUGGAUUCGAACAUGCAUAAUCCGCUACCCGUAUACUUUGACUGUAACAUGGAUGAUUACCGCAUUGAUGAGCCACAUGUCAAAGCUAGCGUUGAUUUAUACCGAUAUUUCGUUGAGCAUGGUGCACCUAGAGCACUCUAUGAGAGUGUCAUCGAACGUGUCAAUACGUAUAUUGGGGACCGAGCAACGCACCUCUGUAGCCACUAUUUGGCAGGCAAGCAUUUGGAAAGAAGCUAUCCCAUUUUACCUAAUACGUAUGAUAUGUGCGUAAAAGGAUGCUACAUGUUCAGCAGCGACGAUGAUCAUGGACGCGACCGUUGUCCAUAUUGCCGUACGGAACGAUUGAAUCCAAAAGGAGCACCAUUAAGAACAAUCAAGCAGUUGUCUUUGUCCGCACAGCUAGCACUUUUGGUGAGAAACAAGACGACGCGUGAACAGCUAAAAUACCCGUUGACUCACGAGAAACCAGAAGAUGAUGAUAGUGAACGAAUGGACGACGUAUUCGAUUCACAGCUGUUUCAAAAAGUAUAA